GGCGGCGGCUGCGGCCACGACCCAGACAUCUGGGACUGUUGUUGUUCUCUCCGCGCACGCCCGCCGCAGUCAGAUCGCCCAGAGACCCGGACCUGGUCCGCUGGGGCGCGGGCGGUGGUAUCCGCCCUCUCUCUCGGUUCCCUAAAGCUACAACUGGAGGUGGCACCAACACGCUGCAGUUGGUCUCCGAUGCCCUUCAGUGAGGAGGGGGAGUCCGGACCCUGGUGAGCACAUCCAGGUUCCCAAUUCGGUGUCUUCGCCGGCUCCUGAGGCCCGCAUACCCACGUCUCGCUGCCAUGGCUGAAAACGCAGAGGGAGACCUGAACUCCAACCUGCUCCACGCCCCCUAUCGCACCGGCGACCCUCAGCUAGACACGGCCAUCGGGCAGUGGCUCCGCUGGGAUAAGAAUCCUAAAACAAAAGAGCAAAUUGAAAAUCUUUUACGGAAUGGGAUGAAUAAGGAGUUGCGGGAUCGUCUUUGCUGCCGAAUGACUUUUGGGACUGCAGGACUUCGUUCUGCCAUGGGGGCAGGGUUUUGCUAUAUUAAUGAUCUUACAGUAAUACAGUCAACACAGGGGAUGUACAAAUACCUUGAGAGAUGUUUCUCAGACUUCAAGCAGAGAGGCUUUGUUGUUGGAUAUGACACUCGGGGUCAAGUAACUAGCAGCUGCAGCAGCCAGAGGCUUGCUAAACUCACUGCUGCAGUCUUGCUGGCUAAAGAUGUUCCUGUGUACCUUUUUUCAAGAUAUGUUCCUACACCUUUUGUACCAUACGCAGUCCAGGAACUCAAAGCAGUUGCAGGUGUGAUGAUUACUGCAUCUCACAAUCGCAAGGAAGACAAUGGAUACAAGGUUUAUUGGGAAAAUGGUGCUCAAAUCACAUCUCCUCAUGAUAAAGAAAUUCUGAAAUGUAUAGAGGAAUGUGUAGAACCCUGGAAUGGUUCCUGGAAUGAUAAUUUAGUGGACACCAGUCCACUGAAGAAAGAUCCUCUGCAGGACAUUUGCAGGAGAUACAUGGAAGAUCUGAAAAAGAUCUGUUUUCACAGGGAAUUAAACUCAAAGACCACCUUGAAAUUUGUGCAUACAUCCUUUCAUGGGGUCGGACAUGACUACGUACAGUUGGCUUUUCAAGCGUUUGGUUUUAAGCCUCCAAUUCCAGUACCAGAACAAAAAGAUCCUGAUCCAGACUUUUCUACUGUUAAAUGCCCAAAUCCUGAAGAAGGAGAAUCUGUGCUGGAACUUUCUCUGAGACUGGCAGAGAGAGAAAAUGCCCGGAUAGUGCUAGCCACAGAUCCUGAUGCAGAUCGACUGGCAGUGGCAGAACUUCAGGAGAAUGGUCGUUGGAAAGUCUUCACAGGAAAUGAGCUGGCAGCAUUGUUUGGAUGGUGGAUGUUUGAUUGCUGGAAGAAAAAUAAACCAAGAAAUGCUGAUGUGAAGAAUGUUUAUAUGUUAGCCACCACUGUCUCUUCUAAAAUUUUGAAAGCAAUUGCACUUGAAGAAGGAUUUCAUUUUGAAGAAACAUUACCAGGUUUUAAAUGGAUUGGAAGUAGGAUAAAAGAUCUCCUGGAAAAUGGGAAAGAAGUCCUUUUUGCAUUUGAAGAGUCUAUUGGUUUUCUAUGUGGAACUUCUGUUUUGGAUAAAGAUGGGGUGAGUGCAGCUGUUGUUGUUGCUGAGAUGGCGUCUUACCUGGAAACCAUGAAUAUAACAUUGACUGAGCAACUUAUUAAGGUUUAUGAAAAAUAUGGUUAUCAUAUGUCAAAAACUUCAUAUUUCUUGUGUUAUGAUCCACCUACCAUCAAAAGUAUAUUCGAAAGGCUUCGCAAUUUUGAUUCUCCAAAAGAAUAUCCAAAAUCUUGUGGGACAUUUACUAUAUUGCAUAUACGGGAUGUUACUACUGGAUAUGACAGCAGCCAGCCUAAUAAGAAAUCAGUGCUGCCUGUGAGUAAAAACAGUCAAAUGAUUACUUUUACUUUUCAAAAUGGAUGUGUUGCUACUCUUCGGACAAGUGGGACAGAACCAAAGAUAAAGUAUUAUGCAGAGAUGUGUGCAUCACCUGACCAGAGUGAUACUGCCUUGCUAGAAGAAGAGUUGAAGAAACUCAUUGACGCUCUGAUAGAGAAUUUUCUUGAGCCUAGUAAGAAUGGACUGAUCUGGCGUUCUGUGUAGGGGCAUGUCAGCAUGUCACGACUUUGCACUGGCUUAUGGCACAGACAACCCAAGACUCCAUGUGUUGAACCUCGUGUUAGCAUUCUCUAUCUCAUCUGGCCAAGUAUUUUUUUUCCUUUUUUUUUUCUUUUUCUUUUGUUCAGCUGACUAAAUUAAGAGUAUCAAUUUGAAAAUAAAAAUCUGGAGGGAAAUGAAAUUCAAGUUUUUCCUAAUCUUGAAUGAAAGUCAAUACAUUAAAAUGUUAUAGUGAUAUAUCAUUCUUCCUUUAAAACAAAACUAACAAUAUAAAAGUGAGUUUUCUUACUGUAGUGUGAUUAAGCUUAGUUCUGUAUCUUGUAAUUGUGUAUAGCAUGGUUAAAAAAAAGGGUAAAUAGAUAAAUGUUAUAUAAUUAUAGUAGUAGCUAAGGAAAUUAAAUACUAAAAUUGGCAAGAAAAUAGUACUCUUACUAGAGCAUUAUGGAAGAGUGUCAUUGUUGUAUCACAAGUAUUAACUUAUAAAUUAGAGUAUUUGAAAUAGGGUAUUUAGUACUUCCAGUUUAGGACAGAUGUUACAAUAUGUGGGUUAGCACCUCUGCUUCAGGUGCCCUUGGUGCAGUGUAAAUUUACUGUAUGUAUUAAAAACUCUGAUGUUUACUGAACAUAAAACAAUAGUGGCAACACUCCUAGUGGCUUUUGUUCUUGUCAAAUUUCUCAGUGCCUUCUCAAGAGAAUGCUAUGAACUGAAACAAUGUUCCUGCACUGAAUUUAAUCUUAUCAAUUUUCAAAUAGUUAAGGAAAAAUCUUCCAAACUUUACGGGUGCUUCCUCUGUAUCAAAUGGGUUUGUUGAUUUUAAAAUCCUAUGAUUGUAGAAGAAGGUCUUAAUAAAAGCAAGCUUAAUGUAACUGUAGUCAAGAGUUUUCAAAUUAGAAUUGCAUCAGUUAUCUUAAUCUUUAAGUAAAGAAAAAAGGAAACUAGAAAUAGCUCUCAAUUUGACAGUCUAACUUUUGAAUCACAUGUUUAUAAGUAGAUUUAUUCUUUAGCUGAUGAAAUAAUGCUAAUUUUACUAAGAAAUAAAGCACCCAGAUUUUAAGUAUUAAUUGAACACUAAAAAUACUGUUUGAAAAUAACAUCUUGCUGACUUUUGUGGAAUUUUUCAUCACAAGUACUAUUUUUUUUUUAAUAUGGAAAACAGUAAUUUUGAGGAAAGUCACUUUUGGUUGAUUCUAUAAUCUGAAAAGACUUAGUGCAGAAAUACAGUUUAAUCUUCUUAAAGUGUAUUUUCUCUUGUACAGUUUUCAGAAUACAAAUGGUAUAACUAAGAGGUAAGAAUAACAAGGCCUUGAGUGUAAUCACCUAAACAGAUUGCCUAUGGGAGAUAGCACUGGUAUUAGAGAAAUUAUUUCCUAAAAAUAAUGACAAAGAUAUAAAAGUUUGAACUGAUUGAAUGUCAUGGUUUGGUUUGUUGCAGACAUCAACUAACUUUUAAGCUGAUAUAAUACAAACAUAAUUUUUAAAUUAUUGUAUUGCCACUAUUGUUAAUUUGUUCCUUCCUUGCUUUCUUACAGCUGGAUCUUGUAUGACUAUAGAUAAUAGACAGCUAGCUAAAUGUAGAAUACCAUUUUUAUGAAUGAGUUUGUGUAGAAUUUUUAUUUAAAAAUGUAUAAAACAUUUUUGUUUUAUUGGCUUUUAGUAAUAUAGAUUGUAAUUUAGGAAAUGGCAUAUAUUCUACAAAGUAUGAACAAUGUUAUAUAUAUAUAUAUAUAUAUAUACGGAAAACAUGUAUAUUUGGUUUUAGUAUCUGUGUUUCAGAGAUUGUCAAAAACUCUAUUUGAAAUGAAUUUAAAGUGAUACAACAUCCCAUUCAGAAUCACUAAAGCCAUGUCAUGAUUGUCCUUUUAUGAAGAAAACAGUUUCAUUUGUGUGCUUUAAUAUAAUGCAACAUGUAAGUCAUCUUAAGGUGAAAAGUUAUUGAAGCUUGGAUUCUCAUCUCAAAAUUUCUAAGUCUGAAGUUAAAAUUAACAAAAUUUUAUAAAGGUUCCCGAAAUAUAUAAAUUGAGGGAACUCUCUGAUUCUAUCCAAACUCUUGAGUCUUUCUGCGCAUGAUAUUUAACAUGAAUGUGACAUUGUGUACCUUGCCUAACAGGAUACAUUCAGAGACUGCCCAAAAGACAGAAAUGUUAGCCUGGGGUCUCAACCCUGGGCCGUUUUUUGUUUGUUUGUUUGUUUUUAAUAAUAUCAUGGAAGUAUGUACAUUCUAAUUCAGCACAUAAAUCAAAACUGGUAUUUUCUGAAGCUUUGGGGAAAAGAAAAGAAUUAGUGGGACAAGGUCAAAGAAUAAAUUAAAAGUAAAAAAUAAACAAAUGAUCUAAAGGGCAAUAAGACAGAAAAUUCUUCUUGUGAAGAACAAACUUAACACCAUAAAGACAGAGAAUAAACCAUGUACACAGUUUUUUACUUGUGUUUAUUUGUUGUUAAUAUGAGCAGGCAGUGAACCUGUUUUAUUUUAUUAGUUCAAGUUUUGGGAACUGAGAAGAAGUAUUGCUAAUUAUGGAAUCAGUUCCUGCUAGGAUGUUGUGUCAGAAUCAUGGGAGAACUUGGGAGGAGAUAGAGCAGAAAUAAAAAGAAAUCAACUACCCCAAUUCUGCCUGAAUACAUUUAAUUUUAUACAAAUAAGACCUCCAGGAAAAAGUUCAAGAAAUUAUAAUCAUUUAAUUCUGAAGAAGAGAAAGCUGUUAAGAUUAUUUACUAAGUCAUGAGUCAUUAAUCAGUGUUUUUUGUUGAAGGACUCAAAACAAGAAGUACUAUUGCCAUACUGUUUUCCAUCUCUAGUGAAGAUAGACCAGAGGGAAUUUUGGAUUGAAAAAAAAAAAAUAGGCAGCAUGAAAUGUUUAAGAACUUAUUCAGUGGAGAUUGUCAUAAAAUCUAUCUGGAAUCAUUUUUAUUUUUAAGGAAAUAUUUUUUAAAAUAUUUAGGGAUAUAUUAAAUGACUUUAAAUGUUCCUUCCUUCCCGCACAUUUUUUUAAAAUUCAGGUUGGAACAAAAAUGAUGUUGUAAAGAGCACUAACAGUAACAUUUGGAUUUCACUCCACAUCUAGAAGACUUUAGCUCACAAGAUUUUGUGUUUUUUGAAUAGUAGAUGCAUGAAUGCAAUGAAUAAAAACCUGCUUGGAUGCUAUUUUUAAUUUGACCUUGCAAAUCAAGUAAGACUUGAACACAAGUGUGUUCAUCUUGAAGAAUGUAUAGUGUUAUAGGAUAUUUUGAGGUUUUUGCUUUAAACAUAAAGGAUUGUUAUUUAGAUGUAGAAACUUCCACAGAGAGGAUCUGAGAGAUUAGACAUUUUGGAAAAUCUGCAUAUAGAAAAUAGACCUCCCAUUUCUUAGGAAGAAUUCUUCUGUAGCUGAUACAACAGCAUGUUACCUGGAGGCUGAUGGAGAAAUUGUUCUAUGAACUGCUGAUAUUGUUUUUUUAUUUUCCAGAUGUUUUCCAUUGAUGUUUGUAAUGCUUGAAAAAUCCAAAUUUCUCUUUGAUACAUUUAAUUUUAUGCCUUUUUCUCUCUACCUCCCUCUUUUGCCACACACUCUUCUACAUUUUGUUACUGUGAAAAGCUUUUGCCCUAUUACCUCACUGAUAAGAAAUUUAACUGUUUUCAUUCACAGAGCUUUAAACUUAUUCAUAAACUGUUUAUGAACUUUUAAAAUUUUGUUACUGUUAUCAGAAUAUUUAAGACAUUGUAAGAAGUAAUUUUAAAUCUAUUUCAUAGCCUGUUUUAGUCUGUCUGGAUACUACUAUAUGUUAAUUUAUUAUAGCCUUUUACAAUUCACUUGUUUUCUGAGCUUAUUCUGGAAACUGAUGAGGAAGUAGACAUACUAACCAAAAUGGUCACUUGUUCUAGCAUUUUAUUUGAGAUUUCCUUGUACAUUGGGUAGCCAAAGCACACAAUUCAAGGAAAUUUUUCUGAUAUUUGUCUCUCAAAGCAUUUUACCAUACGCCAUAAGAAAUCUAAAUAGAAAAAAGAGACUGGCUCAUUGUUUGACUCUACAAAACUUGAUUUUAGUUUCAGUUGGAAACAGUUAAUGUUGACUAUUGGUUAUUUUAAAAUAGUCACAUACUAUUCCAUUCACUAAGGUAUCUUUCCUCUUGGUUAAGUCAAGACUACGUUCUUAAAGAAGAGGACCUACAAGAAUAAAUAAAGUGGCUAAGAUAUGGGGCAAAGGGACAUACCUAGAGUUUGCUUCUCAGUUUUUUUCACCAGCAGAAUCCUAAAGCAGAGGAGCAUUAAGGAAGGGGAAGGAGACCUGAGAGCAAAAUCAGAAGUAGCCCAUCACUGACAAUGAAAUUUCAUGUUCUGGCUUUAAACUUUAAAUUAAUUUUGCCUUUUCCUAAUAAAACUGUUUAAUAUAAAAAUUAAAUCUUCAAUCUUGAAUGAAACUGGUCUACCAGAAAGGAGCACCACCUUUAUCACAUGGCCUCUCAACUUUCUUCCUCAUUGCCCCCACCCCCAGUGACUGCAUAUCCCUAGGGGUUCACACACUGACUCUCAAGUGAGAAACAUAAGCAUAGAACAUAUCUAGGAUAUUCCCUGCCCAUAGAAGCUGAUCUCCUAAAAUAUUAACGCCUAAUUAAACUGACCUGAAACACAUUAUUGUUGAACCUUACAAGGUAGUCUGAGGUGUUGGCCUAUUUAUUCUCUUCAAUUCCUUGGCAUUCCUUGACUAAGAAGGAGCACCCACCUGUCAGCUCCCUAAGAGCGAGAAUCAGGGCUCAUUAUUUUUCAUAUCUACAGUACCUAGUUCAGUACUUAAAUGCAGUAACUAAGGGAUCUUAUUUUAAAGUCAUGAAUAGUUUUAAAAAGUAAUUAAAAUUUUGAUUUUCUAACUCAAUUUUUUAAAGACUUUCAUUACUGAAAUUUAUAAUAAGUGAUAUUUACUAAGAAUGCACACCCUUAAAUACUCAACUUCUUCUGAGAGAGCCGAGCAUUUUUCUAUGUGGAAAUUGUGUAUAAUGUGUAUUUUACAUCCAAAAGCAAAGUGUUGACCAGGAAGGCUCAGAAUGUAUCUCUGUAGGCUUAAUAUCACUAGUCUAAGUGCCAUUUUGAGCCUAUUAGUACUACUUUCCAAAUGAGCCACAACUAAAUUUGGUAUUAUUUGGCAUAUUUUUUGUCCAGCGUUAUGAUUCAUCAUGUGCAACUCAGGCAAGAAUCUGCAUCUAUAUAUGGUGAGGUCUUGUUAUAGGCUAGAACAAACUCUUGGUAUACAUUGUUGACUAUCCCAGAUAAAAUACAGUUAAGAAUGAAUUAUUUUUCUGACUAAAUGUGUAGAAGUAGUUCAAACUUGUGCCCUUAUUUUAACAAUUUCUGUCAACAUCUCAUUUUCCCCAACAAAAUACCAGGGUGUAUUAUAAAUACUGCCUAUGAGAAUUUGCACUUUAUGUAUUUGUGUGUGGAUUUCUUGUGGUUUUAGCCAAAUGAAGUGUUAUCAGUAAUAAACAGGUCUCUUCAUAA